GUCACCCUCUAGGGAGGUUUGUCGCGCCGUGGUCGUCAUGGAACCCGAGAAGGAACGAAAUCAGCUGUUUCUGUACUCAAUCGCAAUGUCAAAACAAGUGCCGACGGUUCGUCUUUGCAAUGGACACGAAAUUCCGGUCCUCGGUUAUGGGACAUACUUGGCCCAACAAGGACAGUGUGUGGAGCUGGUGAAGAAAGCAAUCGACAUCGGGUACCGGCACAUCGAUACCGCUUUCCUGUACGAAAAUGAGGUCGAAAUUGGACAAGCCGUACGGGAUAAGAUCGGCGAAGGAGUUAUCCGGCGUGAGGACAUAUUCGUAACGACCAAACUGUGGAACACUUUUCAUGAUCCACAGCACGUUGCGGAAGCGUUCCGGCGAUCGUACGAUAUGCUCGACCUUAGCUACAUCGAUCUGUUUCUGAUGCAUUCGCCGAUGGGUUUACGCUUUGCCGGGUACGAGUACGCGGACAUGCAACCGAAAGAUGCCGACGGAAACAUGCUGUUCGACGAGACAGACUAUGUGGAGACGUGGAAAGCGAUGGAAAGGCUGGUCGCUUCCGGGAAGGUGCGCAGUAUUGGGCUGUCCAAUUUUAACAGCGAACAAAUCGAGCGUAUUCUUGCGGUAGCUACAGUGAAACCGGUAGUUAAUCAGGUGGAAGUAAAUCCGGGAUACGAUCAGCGCAAGUUGAUUGCGUUCUGUAAGGAGCGUGGCAUAGUCGUGACGGCGUACGGACCGAUGGGAAGACCGCAUCGGACGACGUACGGUAAUCGUAACGCGCUGGGCGAUCCAAAGGUGGUGGAAAUAGGGCAAAAGUAUGGUAAAACUGGCGGGCAGGUUAUUCUUCGAUAUCUGAUCGAUAUCGGAACCAUUCCGAUCCCGUACUCAACCAACGAUGAACGCAUGCGGCAAAAUAUCGAUGUGUGCGAUUUUAAAUUGACCGAGGAGGAGAUUGAAUAUCUGGCCUCGUUUCACUCGGCCCGUACGAUUCCAUUUUUGCCACUAAAGUCCCACAAGUACUAUCCGUUCAAUAUCGAAUUUUAAAAAGGGCAUACCAUUUUCUUUAACCUUUAGGCUGGUUAGAUUACAGGGUUGAUUUUUCUUUUAAAAAAUAAUAAAGAAAAUCGUUACUUUUGGUAUAGGCAAAGUGAAAGGAACAGUCAAUUGGA